AAGAAUCCUUACGCGUUUUGCUGAUCGAUGGGCUUGGUUGAUUUGAUCACAAGGGUUGACUCCAUCUGCAAGAAGUACGAGAAGUACGAUCUCGUUAAACAGAGAGAAGAAGCUAACAUCUCCGGAGACGAUGCCUUCUCUCGUCUCUAGUUAACGUUUCUGUCUAAUUUUUCUACUUCUCGUAACGUUAAACGUUAACGUUAGAAAACGGAGGAGUUCUCGUCUGAGACGAACAGAGCGAAAGCUGUAGCGAUGAACGCGGAGAUACGAAGAACGAAAGCUCGUUUGCUCGAAGGUGUUCCGAAACUACAGAGGCUUGCUCUCAAAAAGGUUAAAGGGCUCUCACAAGAAGAGCUUGAUGGUAGAAAUGAGUUGGUUUUGUCGUUGAGAGAUAAGAUUGAAGCCGUACAAGACGGCUCUGCUCCUGGAAACGGUUGGGCUGCUUCAACGUCGUACACAAACAUCAGAUUCGACACGAAUGUCUCUGAUGGCAGAGUCGAUAGUGAAUAUUUCCAGCGAACUGAAGAGUCUGGUCAGUUUAAACAAGAGUACGAGAUGAGAAGAAUGAAGCAGGAUCAAGGGUUGGAUUUCAUAGCUGAAGGUUUGGAUACGCUCAAGAACAUGGCUCAGGACAUCAAUGAGGAACUUGAUAGACAAGAACCACUCGUUGAUGAAAUAGAUACAAAGAUUGAUAAGGCAUCUACUGACUUGAAAAGCACCAAUGUGAGGCUCAAGGAUACGGUAACUAAGUUGAGAUCCAGCCGCAACUUCUGCAUAGACAUCAUCCUCUUAUGCAUCCUCCUUGGAAUAGCUGCCUUCAUUUACAACUCGGUGAAGUGAAAGCUGGCAAUGCCGCAUCACACAAUACAUGCACACGCAUAGAAGCAUGUUCUUGUUAAGUGUCAAAUGAGCGAAGUUUCAGUUUUCAUCUGUCUUAUUAUACAGCCAAUCUAUCUUUGGUGUCUGCUAAACUAGCCAAAAGAUAAUAUUUCAGUUAAUAACUUAUGAUUAAAUUCACUUCAGCUGUUUCACUUUUCUAAUUUAUUCAGUUUUUAGCAUUGUAACACUUAGAUCUGUUAUUUUAUUUUUCUUG